AUGGCUUUUUUGCUAAAAGAUUCCCCUGAAUGUGCGAAAUCAGAAUUAGAUCUGUUUUCAUUACCCCCAACUCAAACAGUAAUUGAAAGCGGUAAUUGGAUUGAAUUUCAUCCUCUUGCUCAUGUGGCAGACGGAGGACCUCUUGAAUUCAAUGUCUCAGGAAGUGGAGAAAAUUACCUGGACUGCUCGCAAACGUUGUUAUUCGUCACAGCAAAAAUAGUAAAAACUGAUGGGAAACCUAUAGCAGCAGAAAGUAAGGUAGGACCUGUAAAUCUCUUUUUACAUUCAAUGUUUUCUCAAGUUGACAUGAGCUUGAAUGAAAGAGUAGUUUCUUCUAGUAAUAAUACAUACCCCUAUAGAGCAAUGAUAGAAAAAUUGCUAAAUCACGGAUUUGAUGCCAAAACUUCACAAUUAUCACCCGAAUUAUUUUUCAAAGACACUGCAGGUCGCAUGAAUAUUUUUGAUACUGAAGAUAAAGAACCAAACGAAGGAUUCAAUAAAAGAGCCCAAUUGUGUGGAUUGAGUGCUUCAGUGGAUAUGAUUGGUCGUCUACAUUUAGACACGUUUCAUCAAGAAAGACUUUUGUUGAAUAUGGUUGACUUGAAAAUCAAGCUUAUACGUAGCAAACCUGAGUUUUGUUUGAUGGGAUCAGAAGAAUUUAAAGUAUCGUUGGAGCAUGCAUCAUUACAUGUUAGAAAGGUGAGGGUUAGCCCAAGUGUUGUUCUAGGUCAUGCAAAAGCUCUGGAGAAAUCAACAGCAAAAUAUCCCAUUAAUAGAGUAAUUUGCAAAGCAUAUUUCAUUCCCGCCGGAAAUAUGAGUUAUGUUCAGCAUAAUAUUUUUACAGGACAAAUGCCCAACCGCAUUGUGAUAGCAUGUGUUGAUAAUGAUGCUUUCAACGGAAAUUAUAAGAAAUCGCCUUUUGAGUUUAAAUACUACGAUAUUAAUUUCAUCGGUGUCUACGUAGACGGACAGCCUUUGCCUUUCAAUCCUCUUCGUCCAAACUUUGCAAAAAAUAACUUUAUUAGAGCUUACCAGAACUUAUUCAGAACUGCAGGUGAUAAAGGUCUUUAUCUUUCAAGAUCAGAUUUUGCCCUAGGUUACGCAUUAUUUUGCUUUGAACUCUCACCCGAUUUGUGUGACGGUUCUCAUCUGAAUUUAGUUCGUCACAGCAACUUAAGAUUAGAAAUAAAAUUUGCCACAGCAUUACUGCAAACUAUUUCUUUAAUUGUGUAUGCUGAAUUUGAAAAUUUAAUAGAAAUUAAUAAAAGUCGAAAUAUUCUUUGA